AUGGAGUCAAGGACUAUAAAAGAUAUUCAUAGAGCUAAACUUACUCUCAACGACAUAUUUGGAGGUCAAAUCAGGAGAAAGCACAAUGUUCUGGAAUGGAAAUCUUGCCCUUUAAACGUAGGAUUAUCCAUAGAAUUUAACAGGGUAAAUCUGGAGAUUGCUUCUUGCCAAAUACAAACCGGACAAGACAAAUGGAUGUGCUUGUUAACGCCAGAUGGAAGAUAUACUGUGGAAGCUCUCAGGCGAAGAAUAGACCUAAAUUCACAUCAAUCCAUCAUUCUCCCGCAGAUCAGUUGGUGUAAGAUUAUCCACAUUAAGGUACUUUGUUUCGCUUGGAGAGCUGCACAAGGUCAUAUCCCAUCUGCUACAGCACUACAACAUCGUGGCAUGAAUAUCGAUUCAACACAUUGUAGCUCAUGUAUCGGAGGAGUUGAAUGCGCUGAUCACAUUCUCAUCAGUUGUCUAUACGCAAGUUAUAUAAGAGAUAAAAUUUUCGAAUGGUGCGGAAUAACAAAAACAAAUUUCAAUAACGUUGGUGACCUACUUCAAUUUGCAGCCUCAUGGGGUCGAUGCCCCAAGAAACGUAUUAAACUACUAUGUAUAUGCUACGGAUUGAUAUGGAGUCUUUGGAAAACCAAGAAUGACAGAAUAUUUCGUGGAGUUGCUACCAUAACAUCCAGGGCGAUUAAUAACAUCAAAUCGUUAACAUAUUUAUGGCUCAAGUGUAGGGGUAAUGGUAUUACUGGUGAUUUGAUAGAUUGGAAUUUCUCCCCUUUUUCCCAUAUGUAA